GAUCUUACAUCCCGGAGUGCGCGUGCGUGACGCAACGGGGCUAGUGCGGCAGGUUCCGAUUCCUAGCGACCGAGCCAGCCUGGAGGGACCAUGGGGACUCCUGCGGGCGCCGGGACCCGUCCCACGGGCGCGGGAACACUUGCAGGCGUGGGGACCCCGCCGGGCCUGCAGACCGACUGCGAGACGCUGCUCAGCCGCUUCCAAGAGAUGGACAGCGUGCGGUUUGAGGACUUCGUGGAGCUCUGGCGCAGCAUGAAGUUCGCGACCAUCUUCUGUGGCAAAAUGGGAAAUUUAAAAAAGAACCUGUUUGCUAAAGAGGCUCUAGCUUUGGCUUGGCGCUAUUUCCUGCCUCCGUACACCUUCCAGAUCAGGGUUGGCGCGUUGUACCUGCUGAAUGGGCUGUACUACACGCAGCUGUGCCAGCCAAAACAAAAGAUCAGAGUUGCCCUCAAGGACUGGGAUGAAGUUAUUAGAUUUCAGCAAGACCUGAUAAACGCACAGCACUUCGAUGCAGCAUUUGUUUUCCGGAAGCUUCGGCUAGACAGAGCGUUCCACUUCACAGCAAUGCCUAAGCUGCUCUCAUGCAGAAUGAAGAAAAAAGUUCAACAAACUGAAGUGGCACAAAAGUUUAAGGACCCAGACGAUCGUGUGAUGAAACUUAUCUCUUCUGAUGUAUUAGAGGAAAUGCUGAAUGUUCACGAUCACUAUCAAAAUAUGAAGCAUGCAAUUUCAGCUGAUACGUUGACACCAGACAGAGCUCUCAGCCUGGUCAAGGAGGACUUUUUUGACAACAUUAAGAACAUAGUUUGGGAUCAUCAGCAGUGGCACAAAGACAGGAAGAAUCCGUCCUUAAAACCGAAACUUAAAGAUGGAGAAGAGCAUGGGGAAAGCACUUCAGAGGAGCCAGAGAGAUGUGAAAGAGCGGCGUCUCUAGCGAAAAUAAAAGCCAGAGCCUUUUCAGCCGUUGCUCAGGUAUCCAAGGCCAGGAGGCAUCGCCAAACCAAGCUUGACUCUUCCGAUUCCGAUUCUGGGUCCGGACAAGUGAAAGGCAAAGCGGCUAGGAGAAAAAGGACCAGAGAGGCAGUACAACCAGCAGGGAGGAAGAGGUCUUUCAGAAGCAAAGGUAACGCUCAGAAUGAACAUAAGGAAGAGAAGUCUUUACGCCUGAGCAUGCCUGUAAUUACAGAAGAGGAGGGGGACACUGACGGCAUCAGCGAAGCAGGUACCCGCGCAUCUCCCUACCUAGUGCAGGAGCUUAGGCUUGGGGUUGGGGCCUCCACAGUGAGUGAUGAUGCAGUCCGUGGAUGUGGACACCUGUCGGGGCUUCUGCUGGUCUGA